UCAAAUAAUCUGAUGGUUAACUACAAGAAGGAGAAAAUGGAGCCAUUUCAAGUUUGUAAGUUUCUAAUCAUGUUUUUGAUCUGCAGUGAUCACCUUAUCAUCAGCAAAGCUGGAACUUUCAAACCAGAACCAAAAUUCCAGUGCGAAAAUUUUUACCAAAAAGGAGAGCUAUAUGUAGAUUGUUCGAACAGAAAUAUGACAGACAUCCCUAACUUACCAUCCAACACAGCUUACCUAAAUUUACAACACAAUUUAAUCGGUGAAAUACCAGAUAAUACUUUUGAAAAUAUGUACAAUCUAAAAGUACUGGAUUUAUCUUUCAACAAAAUAGGGUCAAUAAAUCAACAAGUCUUUUAUGGACUAUGUGACCUGAGGCACCUGAAACUUAAAAAUAAUUACUUGAACAAUAGUUUAUCCAAGAGAAGAGCAAAUAAUUCAUUUGAACAUUUGACAAACCUUACACUACUGGAUCUAUCAUAUAACAAUUUACAGUCGAUAAAUAUUCAAACUUUUACAGGACUUGCAAAUUUAAAGCAUCUUAAACUUGAUCAUAAUGAACUGCUCUAUAAGUUGGAACGAUUUCCUAAAGGAAGUUUCAAACCUUUGAAGUCACUAACAGAUAUUUCUAUUCAGAACAAUAACGAUCUAACUAAACCUACUUUUGCUCUGUUUGCCUUUCCCGAUGAAACAAUAUCAGAUUUAAAAAAGUUGGAGGUACUGAAAUUGGAUGUUAAUAUACCAUUAUUUGAAACAAAAGUUCUCUGUAGGGGUUAUCUUUCCUUACAUCAUUUAACUUCACUCAAUUUUAGCAAUUGCCUUCAUCUUCCUCUUCAUGAUAAUGUAUUCAGAUAUACACCAAAUUUAAGAUAUCUAUAUAUCAACCAUUGUCACCAAAUGUUGGUGACAUCUGAGGCUCUUUCUGGUCUGACAAAGCUUGAAGCUUUUUGGCUUGAUCUUGACUGUCAAUCAGGAUAUAAAUUUGGACAAGAACAAAUUAUAAAACUGUUCCAUAGCUUGGCUAAAACACCAGUAAAAGUUGUGAAAAUGAAUAAUGUUUUCUUCACAUCACAAAUGUUUUCUUGGAAUAAAAUUUUUGAUCUUCUGUCAACAACUUCUGUUCAUGAACUGACCUUUACAAAUAACAAAAUUUUACAAUUUUCAACUCAAACUUUCCGUCUGCCUGCACCACCGGACCUUCAAAUUCUGGAUCUAAGUGGCAAUAUGUUAAAGCAGAUAGCUCUAAACCUUACUUAUGUUUUGAUUCUGAAAUUAAACAGUAAUGCACUAGGAGGCUAUCUAUCGGAACAUCAAUACAUGACAACACAAGAUAGUAAACUUGAGUAUGUAAAUCUAUCCAACAAUUCCAUUCAUCAACUUAAUUUCACAAUGUUCCAUGGCCAACAGUACCUUCAAAUUAUCGACUUAAAUUCUAACUUUUUGAAAGCUGUCCAUUUUGAUUUGUCUUACUUGACAAAGUUAAAGGUCAUGAAUCUCGCAAACAAUGCAAUAAAUUUCUUGGAUGUGGCAUCAAUGAGGAAUAUUGAUAAAGUUCUUGAAAAUGACAACACAAAAAUUGAUUUCAUCAAUAACCCCUUGCAGUGCACCUGUUAUACUGUCCCAUUUCUAAAAUGGAUGAAAGCUAACCGUCAACAUUUCAUCAAUGUCAAUCAAUACAAAUGUACUUAUGAAAAUGGAAGCACUUCAACAUUGAAUUCAUUUGAAAAAGUAAUAAAACAUCUUCAAGAAGAGUGUAUUAGCUACGCAUAUUUGAUAAUUUCUGCAUCUUUUGCUAUUUUUGGAUUUAUCAUAGUAUUGUUCGGAGCAUUUAUUUAUAGACAUAGAUGGAAACUACGCUAUAUUUUCUACACAGCUAAACUAAAAUAUACGUCUAUAAAGAACACUGAGGAUAAUUUAAAUGAGUAUACUUAUGAUGCAUUUAUAUCUUAUUCCGAUGAAGACAGAACAUUCGUCACACAGGACUGUAUUCAGAAUCUGGAACAUGACUACAAUUUGAGGCUGUGUAUACAUCAGCGGGAUUUCUUACCAGGACAAGAUAUUACAGAUAACAUCAUUAACGCUAUCCAAAACAGUCGAAAGACAAUUUGUAUAAUAACUAGAUCAUUUCUGGAUUCAUAUUACUGUAUGUUUGAAUAUAAUAUGGCAAGAAUGGAAAACGUUCAUUCUAGGAAAGGCAAAAAUGUUCUUUUUCUUGUCUUUUAUGAGAAACUUUUACCUGAGGAAUUACCUUUACUGCUUUAUGAACUUAUACAGAAACAGUCGUAUAUAGAAUAUCCCAACGAUGAACAUGGUAACGUUAUUUUUUGGGAAAAAAUAAAAGAUGCCAUCCAAACAUAAAUAACUGAUUUAUACUGUUUUAUUUUCAACAUAACAUUGACUUUACAGAAGAUUGCUGAAAGUAUUGUUUGUUAUCAUGCUUACCUUGUUUUAGUACUUGUAGAAAUAUUAAUUUAAUAAGUGAACAAAUAACUCUUGUAUA